CCCAGAUUGUGUUAAUGGAAGUGAAGUAUCAAGAACAGUAAUGGCGCUCUGCAACUUUAAUCCAAUCCUCGUGAGAUUCCCAUUGCAAGGAUCAUCAAAAUCCCAGGAAUUUUCGAGUUGUUUGAAGGCGAAAAGGUUUGGUCUUUGCAUCAGGACAAAGUUCUCAGAGACACAAGCGGGGGAGGUGAAGGGAAGUUAUGGAGCCAUUGUGAAGAGGAAGAAGGUAAAGAAAGUGGGGAAGAACGAGCAUCAUUUGUGGAAGAAGAAUGACUCUGCUGGCUCCGGCCAGAAAGCACUUAAUCUUGUCCGAAUGCUCUCUGGACUCCCAAAUGAAAAAGAGGCUGUUUAUGGAGCUUUGAACAAAUGGGUAGCUUGGGAGGUUGAGUUUCCCAUCGUUGCUGCAGCUAAGGCUUUGCAAAUCUUAAGGAAGAGAAGCCAAUGGCACCGUGUAAUUCAAGUGGCUAAGUGGAUGCUAAGCAAAGGCCAAGGCGCUACAAUGGGAACAUACGAUACACUCUUAUUGGCAUUUGAUAUGGAAGAAAGAGCUGAUGAGGCAGAAUCCUUAUGGAACAUGAUUCUGCACACGCAUACUCGGUCUAUCCCGAGACGCUUGUUCGCUAGGAUGAUUGCUUUGUAUGCUCACCAUGACCUUCAACAUAAGGUUAUCGAGGUGUUUGCAGACAUGGAGGAGCUGAAGGUGAGGCCGGACGAGGAUACAGCGAGGAGAGUGGCACGAGCUUUCAGGGAACUGGGCCAAGAAGAAAAGCAGGAGCUGAUUCUUAGGAGGUACCUCUCUGAAUACAAAUACAUCUACUUCAAUGGUGAAAGGGUUAGAGUCAAAAGAUAUUCAUCCGAUGAAGAAGGUUGAUUACAUUCUCAUCAACACCACACGUGUAUAUAUAGCAUAAAGUCUUGAUUGUAAUUUAUAAUCUAUGGAUCAAAAUCUAUCAGUCACAGACUCGCAGUAUAACAACAAUCUCACAUAGCAUAAAACAAUAGGGUUGGUAUUAAGCACUUACCAGCCCUUUAUUAAUGA